GAUCUGAAUUUGUCCGGGAAACGUUGAUGUUAUACCGCAAAUGCCAGUAAAAAAGUUUUCUUUCACUGAACUUUUCACACACUCACUAUAUAUAUGAAAAAAAAAGAACUGAGAAAACUAUGAAAACUGGAAAAUAUGUAUCUAUAAUUUGUAAAGUUUUAUAUUUAUUAUAACUUGGUGCGUACGUGGUGUUUUGGUAUAUUGUAACAACACCUUUUCAUCGAACCUUUUCAAAUAAAAUACGUUGUUUGUUUAAAAAAAAAUAAAAUAAAAAAUAAAUAAAAAGAAACAUAAGAAAACCGAAGGAAAAGAGUGCUAUUUCCGAAGUGUUUAUUUAAAUAUUUAAUUGCCGCAUCCUAAAGUGAAUUUAUACCAAACCAUUUUGCCAAAUCGAUGCCAAUAAAAUGAGCAAAGCCGAUAAUUUCAAAAUUUAAAUUUUCGUUUAAAUAAACGUCAAUUUGGCACAGUCAGUGGAAAGAAAGCGAAAUUGGUUGUUGGUUUAUGUUUGAUACGUUAGCGGUGUUUUUACUGUUCAUAUACAAUUAUUCCAGUUAAAUUAAUUGAUCGAAUUGAAGGUGGAAUUCGUGUCGUCAUUCAGAGUACGGUAUACAUUAUAUAGAAUAUAAUAAUUGUUGGUCUCUUGGGGCCCGUGUACCCUCUGUGUUUUGACUUUUGGUAUGGUGCUUUUUUUUAUCGUAUAUUUGUGUAACGACAGCGGGUACUAUUAUAAUAAACACACACAACAUUGACAAGUAUAAACAGUUAUCCAAACAUUUGCAAAUUUUGUGUACCGCUACAAUUAUGUACACUUGAACGUUGUGCCCGAUAUAAUAACACACACACAAAAAAACCAUUUACCGAAAAAAAAGGGACCGAUUCCUAAUUGAAUUUGAAAUUUUCCAUAAAUUUGUUUAAUUACAAAAUAUUAAUUUGGUUCUAAUCGUCUGGUUGAUUGCCAAUAACGCAAGGCUGAAAAUCCGGCAAAACAAAAGUGCGGAUAGAAGUACGAACCGAGCGAAAGAAAUGUUAUUCAUUCAUCUGGAGCCCAUUAUUCAAUUAAUAAAGCAUGUACGACAUGGUUUUUCAACUGUGAAAAUGCCAAGGAAAAGUUGAACUGAACUAUAUAAUUGAUGUCGAAACACUAAACAAAUUAUAUGGGCCACUGUAAGUGGCACCUUAUUAUUGGGGGUUAUAUAUAUGUAAUAAUAAUCGUUUAUAGUUGAUGUUUUCGUUUUGUGUUUUCCUAAACAACCAAAUAUAAUAUAAUAGAAAAUUGCUUUUUUCCACAUUGAACAUUGAACAUAAACAUAGGACCAUAAUAUUUCGAUAUAAAUAUGAACACGAAAUAUUAAUAAUAAUAAUAAAGAAGGAAAUUAGAGAACGUCAAACAAAAAGCGAAAAACAAAAUAAAAUUUUGUGAAUUUAAAUCAAUUACAAAUAAAAAAAUAAAUUUAACAAAAAUUUUAAAUGUGUAAAAAAAUAAAUUAAAUUUAAAAAUUAAAUUAAAAAUGAAUAAAUAUUGAUGUUUUUAAAUGACUAUUUUUUCCGUUCUUUGUUAUCAUUUUAUCAAAGAAAUUCCGAUUGAUACAAGUCAUGCAUCGGCGAUGAGUCGGAUAAAACGGGUAAUAAUAAUACAACAACAACAAAAAAGAAUCUAAAUGUAAAAAUAUUUAAUAUUUUUAUUCCUUUUACACACACAUACGCAUACAUACGGAAUGUACGUAUAUUGAAAGUAUAAAUAUAUAUGUAAAGAAUAACCGAGUUAUACAUCAUCUCUAUAUAAAGGGUACAUGGGCAUGGUGUACAUUUCUAUGAAAAGCAAAAAAAAAAAUAUAAAAAAAGUACGAAAAACAAAUAAAAAGUGUUGGCAUAUAAAAUAUAUAUCGGAAUAUUUCAAAUUUAAAUAAAAAGGAUUAAAAAUUUGCAUAUGUGUUGAUUUAAAAAAAAAAGAAAAAGAAAGAAAAUUUCUAGAUUUCCAUACACAUUUUUUUUGGUGCGGUUUGAAUAUAAAAUCAGGAAAAUCAUCUUUUUCACAUGAUAUGUGUGUAAAAAUAAAUAAAGUUUCUUUUCCGUAAUAAACGUUAUGUAUCAUAAAUCGGCUGUUGGUAUUGAUACAAAGAACACAGACCGACAAACAAACAGAACAACAAAAAAAAUUAUUUAUUUUUUGUGUGCCAGCUUAAAGGGUUCAAAUGUAAUGCUAAUUUAAAAUGAACAGAAAAAGUCUUGUUGCAUGAAACAACACAAGAACAACAAAAAAGGAGAAUAGUAGCAACAACAACAACAAAAAACGUUCACACAGAUAAAUGAUACAAAACAUUGAACCAGAAAUAUUCAGACGAACUUAGAACAAGGAGAAAUAAAAGAGGAACGAAUCGCUUUUCAUCUCUGCUGGAUUCGGGAAAAACGAGGAAAUUUCCACCGAAAACCCAAAGAAAACGAUUAAUAUGAACUGGCCAAUUUACAAGUGUUUUUUAAUAGACUCAAUGUAAAUUCAAUCACUUUUAAUAAGUAAAACUCUCAGUAUCGGGGACCAAUACCAGAAAAAAAAAAUUAUUUCCAUGCAAACAUGCAAACAUAAUUUAGUUCCAUCAUCAACAAAAUUAAUGAAAUUAAUUAUGCAAAAUCAAUAACCAUUAAAUUAAGCACAAUUCAAUUACGUUUUAUCAUAAUAAAUAUAAAUGAGUUUUCUAAUUGAACGAAAUUUACUUAACUUAGUAUAAACAAAAAUUUUUGUUUUUUUGUACAUCGGUGUGUGUUUGUGUUGGUGUGGAUAUAUCUAUAUAUACCUAUUAUAUAUACAGAGACAGUGUAGACGCACAUUAUCUAGCUAAAAUACAUACCGUAUUUAACGAAUUUUUGCCCCUAAUUUAAUUACACAUUCUUUUCGGAAAACCAAAAAUUUUGUUCAUUCAAACGACAACCUAUUGAUUUAUACAUAUUACCACAGACGAAGAAAGUAUAAUAAUAUAUUGUAAAACGUGUACAAUACAGAAAAAGAAAAUUACAAUUCUCUUUGCCGCUUCCGAGACACAUCUAUACAUACCACGGAAAUAGUACAUGCUACAAAAUGGAAAUGGAUUUAUUUGCACAGACGGAAAAUAUUACCACUGACGAUUUUCUUACACUUGUUGGUAACCAGACCAAACAUCUUACCAGCAACGAUACAACCAAUGAAACUGUUGUACAUGGCACAUAUCCCAGUGGAUAUUCAAUUACACAAAUUAUAUUCGCAUCGAUUAUAGUAACCGUCUUGAUGGUUGUUAUUGUGGUAGGAAAUAUGUUGGUGAUAAUUGCAAUCGCUACUGAAAAAUCGUUGAAAAACAUACAAAAUUGGUUUAUCGCAUCGUUAGCAGUGGCUGACUUUUUUCUGGGCUUAGUGAUAAUGCCAUUUUCAUUGGCUAACGAACUAAUGGGUUAUUGGAUAUUCGGUACAUGGUGGUGUGACGUACAUUCGGCCAUGGAUGUUCUGUUAUGCACCGCUUCGAUAAUGAAUUUGUGUUUGAUAUCGCUGGAUAGAUACUGGAGCAUUACGAAAGCUGUUGAAUAUUUAAAAUCGCGUACCCCAUGCCGGGCUGCAGUAAUGAUCACGGCCGUGUGGAUUAUGUCUGGCUUAAUAUGCAUUCCACCGUUACUGGGAUGGAAAGUCGAUCGACCAGAUGGCGCAUUACCGCAGUGUAUGCUGAGCGAAGACAUCGGCUAUGUAUUAUAUUCAGCCUUAGGAUCGUUUUAUAUCCCCAGUUGUAUCAUGGUUUUCGUUUACAUUAGAAUAUAUUUUGCUGCCAAGGCAAGAGCCAGAAGAGGUAUUAAAAAGAAACCACAGAAACAACACGAACAGGUCACUAGUUUCACAACAAAAUCGAAUCCAAUGCCAAAUACACAAAAUACAUCACAACAACACCAACAGCAACAGAUCGCCACCAUUGAAACACAAAAUCAGUCGUCGGCUGGAGCAAUGCCAAUUCCAAUUGUAACGUGUGAUUUUGCAUCUGAUGUUUCAACAAGUGAAGCGGCUGAUGCAGAUAAUCAAAAUUUAGACAAAGAUACGCUUAAGGUUUCCACUAUAUCAGCAAAUACACAAUCACCAACGACUUCCAAUAGUUCUACGAAUGGAAAAUCAUCGCCCAUAAACGAGCUUAAAAUAUCGCCAACAGCAUCAAGAUGUCGCGCCUUAUCCGUUGGAAUUGAUAGUGAUAUGGUUAGUGAAUUCGAUCCAUCCAGUUCGGAUUCAGGUGUUAUAAGUAGGUGCGCCGUAGUUAAACCUUUGAAAUUUCGACUCUGUCAGCCGAUUUUCGGUAAGAAAAGUCAUCACAAAAGUAACGAAGUUAAAAUACAAAAACAUCUAGAGCCAGCCGAACUCGAACCGGCUAUACCGAAGAUACAGAAGCAACGCGAUCCCGAAAAAGAGAAACGACGAAUCGCACGCAAAAAGGAGAAGCGUGCCACUCUGAUCCUAGGCCUGAUUAUGGGAAGUUUUAUCGCCUGCUGGCUUCCAUUUUUCUUUUUAUACAUUUUAAAGCCGGCAUGUGAAGCAUGCCAAAUACCAAAUUCAGCAUUUAGCGUAGCAUUCUGGCUCGGCUAUAUGAAUUCGGCACUGAAUCCUGCCAUCUACACUAUUUUCAACAAAGACUUCCGACGCGCAUUUCGGCGUAUUCUGUUCAAGUGAUGUUUGGCAUAUGUGUGCUGCUAUCGCUGUGUAGCUAGAAGUAUCGAAAAAGCUACCGAACGAGCGAUGGGCGGCACACCAAUGGGCGGUUAUGGCUAUCUUCGAAGAUAAGUCGAUAAUUAUUAAAUGGUUUUUUUUGAGCCCAUUUUUAUUCUAACAGAAACAACCAAAAUAAAAUUAAAUUAAAUUUGAACAUUGAAAUGUAUACACACGAACGACGCAUAAAAAACAAACAAAUGGAAAAAAAAUAGAAAAUUUUUAUUUAAAAUAAGUAGCUAAAUGUAAACUUUAAAACAACACAGAAAAUGGAAGAAUUGAAAUAAAAGUAAAAAAAAAAAUCAAUUUUAAAAUUAUAUUAUACAAAACGUAAGAAAAUAAAAAAUAAAAUUUAAUAAAAAAUAAAGAAAAAAUAAAAAUAAAAACACCAAUUACUCUUUUAUAAAAUAAAUGUGUCAUUAACUUAAAAAAAAAACAAAGAAAAAAAAAUGAAUGAGCAAUAACACCUAAGUACUUUUGUCAAAAAAACAAAAAACCAACCUAGGUAGUCGAGUAACACUAAAAAUAAAUUACGGCAGAAAAGGUAUUUUCCUUCAGUGUAAAAUUGUCUUCUAAAUAUAUAUUAUAUUAAAACAAAAAGCAAAACAAAAA